AUGAGCCACCGGAGGCGGUCUCAGGCGGCCGGCCCACCGCGGCCUCCUCCGGAAGAGGAGGGAGCAGGAGAUUCCUCGCCCCCUUCGCCGGGGAAGCCUCGGCGGCGGGCCCGGCCGUGGCCCGAGCGGCGGGUGCUGGCGCUCGCGCUGGCGUUCCGCGCCGCCAACGCGCUGCUGGUGCGCACCUACUUCAACCCCGACGAGCACUGGCAGUGCCUCGAGGUCGCCCACCGCAUCGCCUUCGGGUACGGCCACCUGACAUGGGAGUGGAAGCGGGGUCUUCGUGGGUACCUCCACCCCUUGAUCUUCGCUGCUCUUUACAAGUUCCUGGCCUUUCUCCACCUGGAUACACCAUGGUUCAUGGCGAUGGCUCCACGUCUUCUGCAAUCAGUCUUUGCGGCUUUUGGAGAUCUGUACCUGUAUAAACUCUCCAAGCUUAUUUUCAACGAGCACGUUGCCCAGUGGGCUUUGUUUUCGCAGUUGGUGAACUGGUUCAUGUUUUUCUGCAUUACGCGGACCCUAUCAAACAGCUUGGAGACAGUUUUGACUGUGGCUGGACUCUACUAUUGGUUUAAUGCAAUCGAGUCUUCCAAGGGGAAUUCAGUCGUUUCAAAGCAGGAGACUGCAAGCUACCAAAGUCCUCAGUCAAGAAAAAUGGCGCUACUCAUAGCAGCCUUAGCUUGCGCCGUUCGGCCAACAAGUGCCAUAACAUGGUUGUAUGUUGGUCUUCUGGAUUUCAUUCACACAAAAUCAAAGUGCCGGCUUCUAUUUCUUGAGGUCAUUCCACUAGGGGCCAUCAUCCUUGCAGGAACAACAUUCCUUGAUUGGUGGAUGUAUGGUUCCCGGGUGAUAGUGCCACUUAAUUUUUUGAAGUUCAACCUAUUUUCUUCGGGAGGAGAUUACUAUGGAACACACGUCUUCCACUGGUACUUCACCCAGGGUUUCCCAUCUAUGAUUUGGACGUUCUUACCACUUUUAGUUUUUGGAGUCAUAAAGUCUCGAGAAUGGAGGAUUUCAGGUCUGAUUGCCUGGGUAUUAGGGGUUUAUAGCUUACUUGGACAUAAAGAGUUCAGGUUUGUUCUUCCAGUGCUACCAUUAGCGUUGAUGUUCUCUGGUUACUGCUUAGCUGCAAUGUCGCAGUUUAAGGGUAAAAGUCUGCAUGGGAAAAGACGCUUUUCAAAGUUGCAACUUUCUGUUAUUCUUCUCGUCAUAACCAAUGUUCCAAUGGCCUUAUAUAUGUCACUGUUCCAUCAAAGAGGAACUGAAGAUGCUAUGUUUUAUCUGUCAAAGGAAGCCCAUGAUGGAAGAGUUAACAGUGUCCUCUUUCUCAUGCCUUGCCAUUCGACGCCUUAUUACUCUAGCUUACAUAGCAGCCUACCUAUGCGCUUUUUGGACUGUACUCCCAGUGAUAAUAAAGGGACCCUGGAUGAGUCAGAUCGUUUCCUUAUGAACCCACUUGAUUUUGUGGGUGAGAUUUUUGGAAAUUUGUCUUCCUUCAGUCACAUUGUAUUGUUUGAGUCCGAAGAAAGACGCGUACUUCAGUUGCUUCUGCGCGACUCUUUUGAAGAGGUUAGGAGGUUUUUUCACUCCCACUUCAAGAUCGAUCGAGACCUUCAGUCAUCUGUUGUGAUAUACUCACAGAGGGAUGUACUAUGAUUGUUUUGGCCAAGAAAAGCUUGUUACCUACCCCGUCUAACAAACUCAGAUUGUGCUGUUUUAGUUUGUUCAUUCUGAAAUGAUCUGUAACACUAUUGGAUACUAGAAUUGGCAUUUUGUUAUGACUCCCCCCCCCCCUCUGUUCUGUUUCUAGGCUUUUGUUGAGAAGCAUGAGUGUGGG